AUGGGCGAUUUCAACUGUGUGAAAUCUCCUGAGGAGAAGCAGCUUGCAAUAGCCCCAACUUGGUAUGAACUCAAGGAUUUCAUGGACUGUUGUGCAGUACUUAGACUGCUUGACGUCCCCACAACGGGUUGCUAUUACACAUGGUAUUCCAACAACGAAAGCAACCCUGUGUGGUGCAAACUUGACCGGGUCUUUUACAACAACGAAUGGCUCGAGGUCGGUUUACAUUGCGGCGCCCAGUUCAACCCACCGGGAUGCCUAUCAGACCACUCCCCGGGUGCACCGAAAGCUUUCAACACACAACACUACAGCCACAUCUCCACCAGGGCCAAAGAGGCUGACCUUGCAAUGCAAGAUGCUCAAAACCAGCUUGAAAGCAAUCCGAGAGAUGUAAUGUUUCGGGAGUCUUUGGGAGGUCUUAGGAGGAAGGCCGUUUUCCUUGCCGAGGCCGAACGACAUUUCUUCUACCAGAAAGCCAAAAUUCAUUACCUCAAAGAGGGGGACUGA